AUGAGAGAGCACUAUACAAUAUCAUCACCAAUCAUCCUUAACCUAGAGCCUAAUCUCCAUUCCCCUUCACCAUUGCGUAUUCCAACACCUAAUCCGAGCCAAACACCCCUUAGUUCUCCGGCUUCCACUUCUAGUUCGAGUCGAAACACUUCCUUUUCCUCCCCCUUAUCAUCUCCUAGCCAACUUGUGAACUCAGUAUCUACCGUCGACGUAGCGGGAACAGAAGACGAGUUUAGGGGGUUGUGGGCUUCAAGGAUAGAAUUGUGCACCUCCCUGCAGGGUCUUGAUUCCCUCCUCCAUGAAUGCACAGUUGAGUGGCUUAGGCUUUCAACGAAACCGGAAGACACAAUCUCCGCACCAAGAAGACAAACAACAUCAACAGAGAGGACAAGAAGCCAUCGCAACCAAAAUCGACAACAACAAAAAAUAAGGCGUUCAGGAAGAAAGGCAGCAGAGGAAAAAGGCAAACUUCAACGCCUCUACUCACUCUAUCCUCGCAGAGCCGUAAGGAAAAUAUUAGAAGAGAAAUCCAUUGGCUACACGGGAACCAAGGAUUUGGCUGCUGCUUUCCUCGAAUCAACCUACUCCCAAACACCACCAUCAACUAACCAGGUUGACUGCGCGAGAGCCCAUUUCGACAGAUGUGAAUGGAAGAACCCAACAUCUGAAGAGCUCAGAAUUCUUUCCUCACCUCCAAGUGCAGAAGAAAUCAAGCAUAGACUCGGUAAAGCUUGCAACACCGCGCCUGGACGAGACGGCUUGGAAUAUCGGCACCUUCGUGCACUGGACACAAGCGGUCAUCUCCUAGCUUCCAUCUACCGCGCGGUAUGGACUUAUGGGAUUCCAGCUUGCUGGAAGACCUCGAGGACCGUUCCGAUAUACAAGAAAGGUGACUCCUCAGAUUAUGGGAACUUUCGGCCAAUAUCCCUUCUUCCGACAAUGUACAAGAUCUUCUCCGGAAUUUUGUCCUCAAGAAUAAUGUCAACUGCGACGAAGCUAGGAUGGAUUUCGUCAGAGCAAAAAGGGUUUCUACCAGGUGUUCGAGGCAUCCAGGAACACACACAUCUCCUUCACACUGUUAUCGAACAGGCGAAACAGUCCAAGAGGGAGAUGAGUCUACCAAUACCAGCUGAGCUUCGUCGCAUCCUAAGCGAUAUCUACUCAAACAACAUCAUGGAGUUUGCUGUUGGGCAAGAUUCCGUGCAGAUUCAUCCAACGGCUGGUGUUCGACAAGGCGACCCAUUAAGCAGCGUGGUAUUCAACCUGGCAUCUGAACCCAUCAUACGGACGGCAAAAUCAAAUAACACCGGAUUUUCAGCGUUUCAAGCUAGGGUCUCAACUACAGCAUAUGCGGACGAUAUUGCCAUUGUAGGAUCGUCAAUCCGAGAAACGCAAAGAACUCUCAAUGCCGUAGAGGACACGGCAAACUCGCUAGGCUUGAAGUUCAAUCCAGACAACUCGCUGAAAAUCGGAGACGCCGAAAUCAGACCCCUGGCAGAAGACGAUCAAGAGGACUACCUAGGAACACCUCUAGGAGCUCGCCUGACCUUUCGUCCAACCACCUCUUUAGCUCAAAACUUAAUUAAAGUAGCAGAUUCUGGUUUAGCUCCCUGGCAGAAGUUAGAAGUAUACAGGAGUUGUCUUCUACCAUCGCUGUCUCAUCAUCUGGCGUCAGGAAGGGUGGAAAAGGGUGCUCUCUACGACCUGGAUGUCGCAUGCAGAGAUUUUCUACGCAGAGUUGCCAACGUCCCUAUCUCGUCUAACACAGCUUUCUUCUACGCAGACAGAAGAGUUGGGGGGCUUGGAAUGCUUCCUUUGACCGAGGAGGCUGAUAUCUGGACCAUAGCUAGAGCGAUGCAACUCCUAGACAGCGAGGACAAGUCCGUUAGCGAAGUGGCUAUGGCGCAACUGGAGGAGACAAUACGACUAGGAUACGGAAAGAGAGAAGUACCAUUCCCCAUACCAAUUAACGAAUACUUGGCAGGGUCAAUGGACAAAGGACUUGGUGCCAUAAGACAUGGAGGAGCAUCCAUGAACCUCUGGACGCGUUCGAGGAGGGCACCUGGCCACUUGAAGAGGAUCAAGAUUGAUGUAUCCGGCGAACAGUACUCCAAAAUCAUCGCCGAUGACAUCUCUUGCAUUUCCCUGAAAGCAGUCAGAGGACUCCGAACCGCCCUGAGAGGAAGAUGGACGUCAAGGCUACUUUCAGAGCAACAAGGGAAGGUUGCAACCGGGUUUGCACUCGACAUGGCGAAGGACACAGCAGCACUCAUCUCCUGCAGAACACCUCUAACAUUUCAAGAAUGGCACUACCUCCACCAAGCCAGACUUGGAAGACUUCCAGUUAGAGGGUGUCCAGGAUCUAAGUCCACAAACAAGACAUGUCGUCUUGGUUGUGGCAAAUUGGAAACAACAGACCAUGUCGUCUGCUGUUGCCAAGUCAAUUCAGCUCUAUCCAUUAAUAGACAUAAUUCUAUCUUAGAUCUAAUGGUGACAGAAGCGGAGGCGCUCGGCCACUCCGUUUCCGUCAAUCGGGCAAUUGACUCCACCGGAAUGCGACCUGACAUCGUCGUAACAUCGACGAACCCAGCUAUCAUUAUUGACGUGACGGUGCCAAUCAGCUUUGCAGAUGGGUUAGAGAGGGCAAGGAAUAAGAAGAUAGAGAAGUACAAAGACCUUGGAUCUGUACUUCCUCUAGUCGUUGGUUCUCUCGGGUCCUGGCUUCCGAGCAACGACGCCAUAUCUCUAGCCCUCAGCAUUCCUGGAAGACGAUGGAACAACCUGAAGAGGAAGAUGAAACUCUUGGCCAUACAAGGAACGACCAGAAUAAUAGCAAAGCACUUGGCUUAUCAAACAGAAGGAAGCGAUCCACCGCCCGAAGAAGAUGAAGAAACAGAAGACAACAGUCUUCUGCAACAUUCUCUUUAA